AUGCAGCAAAAAGGCUUGGAUACGAAGCAUGGUGAAUCCGCCACACGGGCUGCCAGCACGGAGACGCAAGCAACUGCGGUAAAGAAACGCGGGAGGCCAAGGAAAACUACGACGGAGCCGGAUGCACGGGAGGGACCGGAUGUGCAGAAGAUGCUGUCGGGGCUUCGGCGCAGCGAGGGUGGUGAGACGGGCAGCAGUGGGGUUGGGGCGAAAAGACCGCGCGGGCGGCCGCGGAUCCACCCUGUGGAAGAGCUGAAGGUGAAGAGGCCGCGCGGGCGGCCACGCAAGGAUGCAAGUACUGACGGCGUGGCGAAGGUGGAUGUGAUGGAGCACAAGCAGGACGAGGCGGAGUCUGCAGCGGCGAGCGCGACUGGCGAGCCGGUGUUAGUCAAGAGGGGCCCGGGGAGGCCUCGCAAGGUACCAGUGGAGCUGGAGGCUGGUGCAGCAGGGACGCCGGUGAAGCGGAAACCAGGCCGGCCGCGUAAGACGCCAACUGAGCAGUCUGGUGGGGGAAGCGACUCCUCGCCAAAGCGGGGACCCGGGCGGCCACGCAAGAGAAUAAUCAGUAUAGAGCUUGAAAACCCUGCCUCAGCAAAGAGGGGCCCUGGUCGGCCCAGGAAAUCUGCAGGUUUGCCUGUGUCAGCUGAAAAUGCAUCCCAUAACACGGAAGUUACGGAGGGUGCUGAGAUGAACGAUUCUGUCGUGGUGUCGCAACUGCUGCCUCAGCCAGAGAUGGGCACGAAGGGUGUAUCUGCUACCCAUCACAGUGUCAUAACUGUGCCAGCAUUGGCACAUCCUGUAGCCUCAUACGAGGCUGGUCCUCCAUCUACUUUAGCUAAGAGGUAUCCAAAUAGCAGCGCUUACCUCAGCAGCGAUCGCAGUUUCGACCCCGAUUCUGAACGGCUGAAGAAUCAUAGCAACCCUGACGACCUUAGCAAAGACUCCAUAGAAGUCCCUGUUAGAGGCUAUGACCAUGGUUCGAGCCGCUCGCCAAGUAAUCGCCCCGUGUUAGUUAGCUCACCUACGAAAGUUAGAACUCUUGGUGCUUACUCCCAUUCCAAUCUUCGCACCAGGGAAACUCUGGAUGCGCAGCGCCAUAAACGCGAUUCUGCAGAGAAUAGUGAUAUAGAGGACUUACGGAGCUCCAUAACCACGCUUCCUGAUGACUCGGACUAUGACUCGCGGAGCAGUGAUAGCGAACCGACUUUCUCUCGUCGUGGUAACGUUAUGCAGCCGCGCGCUUCGAGCAGCACUUCCAAUGAGGGAAUAAUAGUACAGAGUUCUAAGGAAAUUUCUGCUCGUCCACACGAGACCACUACUCAGGAAAAUACCACACAAUCUCCAAGACGCAAGAGGCGUCUCAAGAAAACAAUGACUGUUACAUUAGCGGAUGAUCUUUCAAAAGGAGAGGAAAAUAAUCAAGAACACCACUCUUUCCAAUCUGAAAAUAGAAAGAGUGUUGUAUUGAACUUUAACAAAAAGAAGCAAUCUCCCUCGCCAGUUGCCAGCUGCAGGGGAAAUCACAAGAAUAAUAUUUUGGAUGACAGCUACGAUGUUUUUGAGUUCAGCAGCCACGGAAAUAGUGCAUUUGUUAUUCCUCCUGAUGCAUUCAAGUCACCGCAGCGGGAUAGUAAGGAACCUUCGGCUCCUCGCGUAAAAAAAUCAGUUGGUAUCUUGGGAAUUCUGAAGAAUACAACUCAAUCACUGCAAGCAAUCUCUAAAUCUCCCAGGCAUUCAUCCAUUAACAAGUUACGAAGUAAGCUUGAUGAAAUUGACAUUGAUAUUCAACUAAGCGAUGAUGAAGAUGAUGAAGAUGAUGAGCAAAAUUCUGUCCGCUCAACUUACUCCACUCCUCUAUGUAGUCCCCGAUGUUCCCCGAAGCUUAGGCCCCGCCAGCAACUGCAUAAUUUUGUGAUCGAUGAUGUUUCUGAAAGAAAUUCCAAGUCUCCUCCAGAAACUCCUCUCCCUCAAAGUCCGACCCGGACAUCAAAGCAUGCUUCACAGCUAAUAACCGGAGCCCAUGUGACCCCUGCCGCGGUUUCUUCUCCUAAAAUUGGAACUUUGUACACAGAGCAGAACAUACUAGCUUUGGAUAGACUCCAAUUAGGAGACCAUGGCACCCCACAGAAUCAUACCUCACACCGGAAUAGCGAACUAGAGCUGGAACCUGAACAUCCUCCUUCCAGAAACUCAACACCUGAACCGAUUAAUGAGCUGCCUGUUUGGCGCGCGCUUCCAAAUAUUGAGUUUAAUAAAUUGGAUGAGGAUAGAAGAAUGCUCAGUGGCUUUCUGCACGAUCUACUGCGUUACAUGAAUGUGAAUGAAGCUACUCUAAAGAGGGAUAUCGAUGGAAACAUCACAUAUUUCAUCCAGCAGAUGCCAAACCAGGAAUUAGACAUGACUUUUAUCCAAUGGUUGGAUCUGAAGGUUUCCCAGUUGAAGGUAGAAUAUUUGAAGGAACUUGAAAAAAAGAGGACACUCUUGGUUGGGCAAUUUGAGGCCUCAGAACGCAUCAUUAGAAAUAUCAGCGAUAGUAAGGUGCUUUUAGAACUUGCUAAUCGUUUUGGUAUCAAGUUUUGA